UUGAAAAAAGAGGUUAUGUAUUUGUUUACUGUCACACUCACACAAGUAAGUUAGUUAUUGGAAAGCAAAACAAGACAUAAGUUAGAAAAUUUACUUAAUCGUUUGUAUAUUUGCUGAAAUGAUAAAAUGACCUCACCAUAAACAUUUGCAGUCUUAUAUUUUCUUUGGAAAGAAGGUUAUCUAGCAUCAAGUCAAGUGAUAAACAAGUUAGAUCUGUUGGUUGUAUGUGUAUCAUAACAAGACAUGAAUACAGAAGCAAAACAUAAUUUUGACACAAGUUUCGUCUGUGUUCAGUACCCAGGAGUUGUAAAAAAUGAUGAUAAAAUGCUGGAGUCUAUGGGAGGUAUAAAAAAAAUCUCGAAGGUAUAUUCAGAGAGAAAUCGCAGGCUAGAGCUUCGGUUUCGCCCAGACGAUGUGUAUUGUCGACCCGCUUGUGCUGAUAGACAGAAGGUCACAGGACUUUUGAUGUCCGUCAAAGUAAGAAGAAAAAAGAAUAGUGGAGAAAUAAUAAAUAUAACUCCCACUGUGUUAGGCAAAGUCUGUGUAGCGUUCAAAUUCACAAGUUUAUGUGACUUUCAAUACCUGGCUAUGGACAACUCGAGUGGUCAAAUGGAAUGUAUUUAUGACAAGUUGGUUCCCAAAGGUAUUUUAACUCCCGAGUGGUUCACACAACCAGCCCCGUAUUUCCUACCACCUGCUACGUUCUCCAGAAUGGACACUGUACAGAACUACCAAUAUCGCCAGGAGAGUGUUGACACCAACACUAGUGUCCAACCUUACCACAUCGGCCGCACCAGACGACGUCGCUCAGGUCAUGCCAUCUUUGUCACCUUCUCUACUGCCUCACUCCCUCUCAAACCUCGGCCUUCUGCGCUCAAGUUUCUUGAAAUCAAGUUCUUGUGUGGAGACCACUUUAAGAGGAUAAAAGAGAUGUUUCAAGAGCGCCCAGUAUGGUCCAAGGUUGCUCUGAUGUGUGUCACUGGCUACAAUCAAGAGCAGAUGAAGUACUUGUUACCGUCCGUUGCUUACUACUUUGUAACUGGACCAUUCCGCAUUAUGUGGGUCCGUUUUGGAUUCGACCCUCGCAAAGACCCAAGUGCUCGGAUUUACCAGUCCAUCGACUACCGUAUUAGAAUACAAGGUGGUGGAACAAACUACGUGAAAGCUAAGCGCAGUUACACACAGUACUUGUUGCCGUACAAGUCCACGCCGGCCAGUCGGCCGAAGACAGCUGUUAUCUCUCAACAGGCCGAGGAGAAACCUGCGGAACCGAAUGUAGUUCAUGAGAACCAAUAUGUCUUUCGGCCUGGAACCAUCCCUCCUUCUAGGCAGAUGUUCUAUCAGCUGUGUGAUAUCAAGGUGCCAGAGAUUGAAGCCAUGGUUGAAAGGUUACCACGGUUGCCACCCAGCUCCAAAUGUCACGAGAGGCUUGGCUGGUUGCCGCCCGGGUUUGCGGAACAAUGCCGAGACAUCAUGAACAGCCUGGUGUCCCAACAGAUACAAAGAGAGCAGGCUGCAGAUUCCCAACCUGGAACCAGUGAAGCGUAUGAUGAUCAAGGAGAUUCUCAAGAUGAAGAUCAAUAUAAUGAAGAUGACGUUGACUGGGAAGACUAUGAGUAAACCAAUGUCUGGUUGUUAUGUAAAUAAACAAUUUUUUA